GUAUUGUUGCUGGUGGUGGUCGUAUUGAUAAACCCAUCUUGAAGGCUGGGCGGGCCUACCAUAAAUACAAAGCAAAAAGAAAUUGCUGGCCACGAGUUCGUGGUGUGGCUAUGAAUCCUGUGGAACAUCCCUUCGGUGGUGGUAACCAUCAGCACAUUGGGAAGCCUUCGACUAUUAGGAGGGAUGCUCCUGCUGGUCGCAAAGUUGGUCUUAUUGCAGCCCGACGUACUGGUAGACUGCGUGGGACAAAGACUGUGCAAGAGAAGGAGAAUUAAAUUCUUCAUUUUACUAUAUCCAGAAAUAAAUGCCGUCUGAUUAAAAAAU